AUGGGAGAAGCUGUGCGAGUGACCAGGAAGCAUGAGAAGGUGCUCAUCCCGCCGCCUCGAACGUGGCGCCAGGAGCCCCACCAGCCAGUCCCAGUGGGAGUCAGAGUCCGAGAAAAGAGACAGGGCAUCGCGGGAGUUGGGGUGGGAACGACUGGUCAGAUAGAGUCGGGACAGCACAACCGCCCCUGGGUGCAGCUGUGCCUGAAGGCCUCUGGGGGUGUCCUCGCUGCACCUGGGCAGAGGAGAGGAGCCCGAUAUCCGCAGCUGGAAGAUGCCAUCUCAGAUAAAUGGGGAGGGGAGAGCGGGCUGGGUCGACAGCAGCAGGGACCAGCCAAGAUGCCAAAGCUGCUGGUGCUGGCGCUGCCCCUCCUGGGGAGCCUGGUACAUGCAGGCCCCGCCCCAGGCCUCGGUCUGGAGCGAGCGGGCAUUGUGGGGAGACAGGAGGCCCCUGGGAGCAAGUGGCCCUGGCAGGUGAGCCUGAGACUCCACACCCACUACUGGAGGCACUUCUGCGGGGGCUCCCUCAUCCACCCACAGUGGGUGCUGACCGCCACACACUGCGUGGGACCGGACGUCGAAGACCCCGCAGACAUCAGGGUGCAGCUGCGCCAGCAGCACCUCUGUCACGGAGACCAGCUGCUGCCCGCCAGCAGGGUCCCCCGCCCCGACUACUACACGGUUGAGAACGGGGCCGGCAUCGCCCUGCUGGAGCUCCAGGACCCCGUGAACAUCUGCAGCCACGUCCAGCUGGUCACUCUGCCCUCCGCCUCUGAGACCUUCCCCACAGGGACGCUGUGCUGGGUGACAGGCUGGGGCGAUGUGGACAAUGGAGGUGAGCAUCAGGGACAGCUGGAGGGCUGGAUCCCCAGGAACUCGGCCCAGCUCCGCAAGUGGCAGCAGGCCUGGAAUCCCGGGGACAUCGAGAUCUCUGCAGAGAGCUGCGUGAUGGGGUGCAGGGGAGCAGAGGGGUCCCCAAUGCUGGAGGAGAAUUGA